AUGUCGACACCGCCAGACCGCAACCUGGAGCGCCCUGCCCAUCCCCCUCGACCACCCUCCUCACACCGCCACACCGCCUCAUCAACCGCUUCCACCGCCGCUUUCCCUUCGCUCGACGUAACGACAAGUCGAGUAACGGCCGACUCGACAGCCCAACAACGCCGGCGCGCUUCCUCAGCGUCCAUCGCCGGCCCGCCGCCGACUCAGCAGAACUCCCGCCGCCGACCAACGCGGAACGACUCGACGACUUCGACUGCCCUCUCCGACGCACCGUCUCGCCGCUCAGACUCUAUCCGCGCUCCUCCCGCUGCCGUAGCCAAGAAGGAACGCCCCCGACCCUCGAACGUCGCUGGACCUGCACCUAUCCGGCGUUUCUCGACUAUCCCAGACAGCUUGUUCGCCGUGUCCGAGUCGGAUCGCACGCCCGGUUCGAACGCGGGGUCGGAGCUGGGAAGGCAGUUGGGCGGCGCGGGCGGGAACGACUCGAUGAGUGCCUUUCCUGUCGAGGAGGGGAGCGUCGGGUCGAGUGUUGAGGCGGGGAAGGGGAAGAAGCCGCUUUGGGCAGUCGGUGGGGUCUUUCCUAAGCACCUCUCGAAGCGGAGACGGUCGAGCGUGGCGCAGGAGCAGAAGAAGCGGCGUCAGAACUCUCGAGGAGGCGCGCGCGCAAGUUCGUCCGCCGCGGCCGCCGCAGCACCGAAUCGGCCGCCCAUCCCGCGCGACGGGACCUACACGACCCAGUCGAGCGUCUCCUCUGCCGCAGUCGACGACGAGCCAGCAGACGUUGUCGCGCACGACUUGGACAACGAGAAGCCUCGCGAGCGGGCGGAUCCGUUCGAGGAGUUGAGGAAUGCGACAUCGAAUGGGUCGAGGAAGGCGCCGUUGGAGGUGGUUGUGAGUAAUGAUAGUGGACGGAGUGAGGAGGAGCGACGGAGGGCGGAGCGCGGGGAGGAGCAGCCUCAGCAGUUGGAGAAGGUCAACUCGGGUGGUUCGCGGACUAUCGCGGGCGAGAUUGACGAAGGACGCGCAGACGAUCAAGGCGAGAAAGGAGGAGGGGACGCCGAGGCGGGCCAGAUGCCCGGCGGCGAGUUGGACCAGAACGAGGAAGACUGGGUGGACGACUUUGAUGCGCGAGAGGGACCGAACGACGAGUUGCCCAUCAGGAACUGGUGGGGAACCGUGCGGUACGCGUUGAGGGAACCGAUGGCGGAGUUUCUGGGCACGAUGAUUCUGGUCUGCAUCGGCAUCGGCUCGACGUGCCAAACCAAGAUCAGCGACUACCAGAUGGGCGCCUACUCCUCCGUCAGUUUCGCAUGGGGCUUUGCGGCCAUGCUCGCCCUGUACAUCGCCGGUGGGAUCUCGGGAGGUCACUGCAACCCAGCAGUCUCCAUCACGCUCGCCGUCUUUCGCGGCUUUCCAUGGAAGAUGGUGCCGCGGUACAUCGUUGCUCAAGUUCUCGGCGCUUUCGUCGGCGGACUCAUGAUCUACGGAAACUACCGCCACGCCAUCGACAUGUACGACCCGCACAAACUCAUCCACUCGACCCCUCAAGCAAACGCCAGCGCAGCCCUGUUCAUCACCGCUCCCGCUUCGAAUGUCGCUUCGCCUGCAGAAGGUUUCUGUCAGGAGAUCUUGGCGGGAGGGAUACUGAUGAUUGCGGUUCUGGCGCUCGGUGACGAGAACAACGCCCCUCCCGGCGCAGGUCUCGGUGCCAUCGUCCUCGGCUUCGUCGUCGUCGCGAUCGGCAUGUCGAACGGCUGGGUCUCCGGCUACGCCAUCAACCCUGCUCGCGACCUCGGACCGCGACUGGCGUUGUGGUGCGUCGGGUACGGGAUCAAGCUGUGGCACCAUGAUUCGUGGUGGUGGCUCAUUGGGCCCAUCGGCGGAGCCGUCGUCGGAUCGCUCGCCGGCGCGCUCGCCUACGACCUGUGCUGCUUCACCGGUUCCGGAAGUCCCAUCAACUACACGGGGCAAGAACUCGCCGACGCGAUGCGCCUUCACACGAUGCACAACAUGGUCUGGAUGGCACUCUCGCCUAACAAGCGACGCGCGCGCCGCGAAGCGAUCGAGGCCAACAACCCUGAUGCACUCGCCGAGUCGGGUAUGGCCUCCUAUGCGCCGGACGUCUUCCAGCCCCCGGUCAGAAGGGAUCAUCCGCCUGGACGAGCGACGGAGAAGCAGCGCGAGGAGGCGGACUUUACGCAGCGGUGGAGGCGAGGGAAGGAGAAGGUUUGGCAGGAGGAGGCGAGGGCUAGGCAGCGCGAACGCGAAAUGAGGCGCGAGUACAGGCGGAGUUUGGAGGAGUCGAGGGAGAGGGACAGGAGGAGGGUCGAGGAGUGGCGGCAGUGA